AUGAGGAAGAGGCCUCUGUCCCACUUUGAGCUUCCCAACGACAAGUGGAACUUGGUAGACGACAGCCUGGUGUACCGAAUCGUCAAAGACACGGAAGACAAAGUUUACACGAAGGUUUUCUCGUUCGACCUGGACAACACCCUAAUCCUGUCUCGCUCCUUCUUCAAACCAGCGCAAAACGAGCACGAUUAUAUUUUCUACGCAGACGUAAUCGAUUUUUUAAAAAAAAAAAAAACAGAAAAUUAUAAAAUCAUUAUUUUCUCCAACCAAAAAGGAGUAAGCACAGGAAAAAUAAGUCUUCUAAAUAUAAUUAACCGGGUCGAUGACGUCAUAGACAAAAUAGGCAUCCCCUUGGAGUGCUACUUGGCACUAAAAAAUGACAAGUACAGAAAGCCAAGAAUUGGCAUGUACAAUUUUGCUAUGAAAAAUAAUAAAGCCAGAAUUGAUGAAAUCAUUUAUGUAGGCGAUAAUGCCAACCGCAUUUAUGAUGAAAAUUUCAAAACAAAAUUUAUUAAUCACCUUAAGUAUGUGUAUGCUCAAAAUAAGGUCAACAUCGACAUCGGAGAAAUUGCGAAGAGGUUGAAAAAGGAUUACACAGACACCGAUUUUAAGUUUGCCCUGAAUAUAAAUGCCAAAUUUUACACCCCCGAGGAGCUCUUCCUAAACAUAAAAAAUAAUUUGUCAGCAGAGUUUUCCUUCAACCCGUCCAGCUUGCUCAAAAAUGUAGAUAACAAAUUAAAGGAGCAACAGGACGCUCAAAGUGACUUGCGCCACUUGGUUCGACCAGAUCUGCAACACUCGCCGACGCGGGAUGAACAAUAUUUGGUGCUGCUUGUUGGCCCCCCAGGGUGCGGAAAAACCUUCAUUUGCAAAAACUACUUUGCAGAUUUUGUUAACAUAAAUUUAGAAGAACUGAAAACAAAAAAUAAACGCAUAGAUAUGAUCAGACAAAUCAUUACAAGCGGGAAAAAUGUCGUAAUAGACAACGCAAAUAUGUACAUAAAAAAUAGGCUAAUUUAUAUCACGGAAGCCAAAAAAAUAAAUACCAACUUACAGGUUAGCGCCAUUUUCUUUCAAUACUCCAAAGAGUUAGUUUUGCACUUGAACAACUUCAAACUCGUUACUGAUGAGGAAAAUCUAAUGCACGAAGUUCCGACCAUUGCCAUUCACUCCUUUUAUAAAUACGUGGAAGUGCCCUCCGAAAGUGAAAACCUAGACCGAGUCGUAACUCUGCAUGAUGAACACUUUGUGCCAUCCGGUUUUCAGAACGAGGAUCGCCGAAAGUUAUUUUUUUCGUACUUGUACUAA